GCUUCCCCCGUGGAGACUCUCCAGGGAAGAGAUUUUGCGGGAAAGAGAAAUCAACAUUUAUGGAAACGAUUUGUAACGGUGGGAAGCUGAUUUCACCUUGACUUUAAUUGAAAGUGGGACCCACUGUGCGAUGUGUUUCGUGCCUUCACAGACUCCAGUCGUCAUGGUGUGAAUAAUGACCUACCUAUUGUACGACCUUUAGAAGCGUGUAUCCCAGACAAUUCUCAUCCAAAAACACUAUUCAAGCCAUGGUUUUCGGUGGAGGCAUCACAGCAGCAGCAUCCGAUGAUGACUGGUUUGUGGAGGGCAGCGAUGAGGAGGGUGGCGCCGAUGAACAGAAGGAUCCUCCAGUCAACUGGACCCCAGAUGCCAAGGACAUCCUGGCGAUGUUUGAAAAGCUGGACAAGGACAAGAUGCUGGAGCUACGCUGGAAGUGUCCCGGGAGGAGGGCGCCGUCCCCGGAGAAAGGCAGCGCGGACUAUGAUGUAGGAGAUGAGGAAGACAUGUACAGUGAUGAUGACUCCAAGGAAGAGGAGAUAAAAGCUCCUGAAAUCAGCGAGUUUGACUUUGAUGAUUUUGGAUCGGAAGCAUCUGCGAAGCCCACUCCGAGGAGGACACCAGGAAGCAAGACGACACCAAGGAGCCAGAAGAAAGUUGCAAGUAUGGAUAAUGUUCUGAACAAGAUUCGACACCAACAGAUUGAAAAGGCAGCCAUCAAAGAAGCUAGAAGAGGAAUGUCAAGGUCACCUGCAAGUCCAGCCCGGUUCCGACUGGGCAUGUCCGGAAGUCCUGGUCCCGCAAGUUCACGUCGACCUGUAAGUUCCACAGGGACUCCACUGAGACCUACAUAUGAUCCAAGUGAUGACCCGUUCGCCUCAUCCACCAGUUUGUUUAGAGACAGUAAAGUGCCCCCGGCGCCCACCACCUCCGAGGUGCAGGGUGUUCCGGAAGUGAAGCUAGAGCUCCCUGACACGGCGGAAACACCCACCAGUGAAACAAAACCAAACGAUUAAAGAUUCAAUGUUCA